UCGUCGCCGUCACAACCAAACACCACCACCGUCGUCACCAAUACCAACAACACCAACAUCAUCAUCAUUCCAGUGUCCGUCUGCUUCAACAACGCUGUGCGGGGCGAGGCUGCGUUUGCACGGCGAGGCGAAGCAGCAGCAGCAUCAGGAACAGCAAGGAUUAAGAGAGCAACAGCAAGGAUUAAGAGAGUAGAGCAACAGAGGGGAGCAAUGAAGCAACGCAAGUGCAUCUGCGAGAUCUGCACCUGCGGGCGACACCGCUGCCCACACCAGCCCACGGGGAUCUACACACAAACGGAGAAGCCAUGCCUCAUUACAGAGUAUGUGGACCGCUACCACGAGUAUGGGCUUGGGGGACCACGUGAGUCCUUCCGUCCACAGCACAUGUAUCAGGGACCGCAAGGCAAGAUGGAUGGCAUCACCACCUUUCGGGCUGACUAUAUUCCCUACGAAGCCGGGAAACGUCCCGUGCGCUCCGUCGAGGCCUACAAGCCUGUGCCUGGCACAAUGAGCAUGGACACGACCUACAAGACAGACUUUAACGAGAUGCCCAUCCACCUGGUGCUGCCAGCCCGGCCCAUGGAGAACCAGCACCAGGCGCACGGCAAGAUGGACACCAUCCCAACUUACCAAAAUGACUACAGGCAGUGGGAGAUUCUGAAGCGUGAAAAUGCCAAGCCCAACUACACGUACGUCCCAUCAACAAACAAGUACGGCUACAUGACCACCUUCCAGGACGACUACCAUGCCAAGCAGGGCGGCCCCAGUACCAGCUUCAAGCCAGCCAAUGUUAUGAAGCCGUCAGAAGGCGCCUUUGAAGACAGGACGACGCACCGCUCCGCCUACGUGCCUCACCAGCUGGAGGCUCGCUUUGCACGCGAGCCCGAGCGCUACAAGCCCAGUACGCAGCAAUUCGACAGUCUCACCACCUUCCGCCGCGACUUUCAGUCGCUCGGGCCGCAGGAGCCCGUGAAGAGCUUCAAGCCGGAGCACGUGAAGGUGGGCUCCGAUGACAAGUUCAACGACAGCACCGAGUUUAAUGACAAGUUUAAGGUGUGGCCCCUGUCGCCACCGCCGGUGCGCAAACAGGCCAUGUAUCACCCGCCCACGGGUACCAUGGACACGACGACCACCUCGCACGACGACUACGUGCAGCACAGACAGGAGCGCAUACUCCUGGCGCGGCCAAUCUCGCGCGACCGCCGCCUCUCUCUGCCGUUCGACGGCCACACGACCAUGCGCGAGGCAUACAAGCCCUGGGCCGCCCAACGCGAGCCCAUGAUCAAGCACGUCGAGCAGAUGCAGCGGUCGCUCGGCAAGUUCGACGACAUGACCACCUUCAGGGAGCACUACGUGCCGCUACCGCUGAUCCCCAUGCACAGCUACAAGCCGAAGGGCGGGGCUGUUAGGAGUAGUGCACCAUUUGAGAGCGGCACCAUGUACCGCUCCGAGUACACGCCCAAGAAGGUGGCUGUCUGCCCGGCAUCUUACCCGCAGCCGCUUGGGUAUGCCUUCCAGGAGAAGGAUACGCGAGGCCACCUCUACUUCCGCCGUCUCUCCGACGCGCACAAGAUGCAGAUUGCUGCGGUGCCUAAGCUAAACGGCAUAGAGAAGCCAUUCACCAAUGGGCUGCUGGAAACUCAGCCCAAAGAGCUGAUGUCUCUUGCCUAACUGGCUUGCAGACAGUUUUUUUGUCAGAAUAUGUUUUAUGUUGCCAAUUUACUCUGAUACGAAUUUAUAUUUAGUCAACAAAUAACUAUUUUUGCAUAUUAUUCCAGGGAUGUUCUAAAGGAGUAAUUUAGUGCCUAAGGGAUCCAGAUUAUUAAUUCAUGUGUGGUUUUGCUACAGAGAUGUUUUAACUUGUAAUUAUCCAGUGGUGAUGUGUGUAAGUAUAUGCAGAACUUGUGACAACACAGCUGAUAAGAUGCUGAUGGAAAAUGCAGUGGAAAUCUGAAAGUCAGGCUCAAAAUAUAAAAUGCAAUUAUUAAGCCAGAGUUCAUGCUGUAAUGGGUUUUCUGUAAAAAAAAAUACGUGUUAAUAAAACAUACAUGAUUAGU